AUGCUAUAUAUUUUUGUUAUUAAUCUCAUUAUUUCUGGCUUAUGGUGUCAAAAUAUUGAACGAGUUAUUUUACAGCAAGGACAACCUUUUUCAUUUGAUUGCCAAUACAAUGAAAUGGUUUUAUUUGGUAGACGAUUAAAUGAAUGGUCAGAAAUUCAAGAAGAUAAUGAAUAUUAUUUAUAUUUAAAUCUAAAUUUUAACUAUUUAACUCAAGAAAAUAUUCUACGCGUAACAUUAAGUUCUAUUCAAUCAAAACAUGCCGGAUAUUAUACUUGUCAAAAACCAACAUUGGCAAGUACAUCUAAAAAUCGUAUUUAUCAAAUAAUUGUCACUGAUGUGCAGUCAUUUUAUUGGAAUUAUAUAUGUCAUGGUCCAAUAGGUUCGUGUGAACGUUGGGAUGAUGUCGUUAAUGAAAGUUUAAGUCAAUUUGAAGUUGCUGAUCAAACAAAUAUUGAAUUAUUUUGUUGUGCAUCUGUAACAGGUUAUCAAACUGUAAAUAUACAUAUGAAUCGAGUUGGAGAUAUUCUUGGUAGUGUAGAAGUAAAUAAAAAACAAGAACUUGAUGGUUCAUGGAUUGUUUGUGCUAAUCAACGUACUGUAUUAAGACGAACAUCAAUUUUUAAUCAACAACUAUUAACAUGUGAAUUAUUAACAGAUAAUCGACCUAAUUCAAUGCUUUCGAGUUUAAUUAUAAUAAAAGAUUCAAUUCAUCCAGAUCCAUCAUUGAAUUAUAAUUCAUAUGUAAAAGAAAAUAAAGAUAGUGAAUAUUUUCAUGGACAUCGAUUAUCUGAGAUUCGUUCAAGAAGAAAAUCUAUGACUGGUCUUCGUCAAGGUAAGUUCAACAAUUCAAAUGAUUCUAUGCAGGUUUAUUCUUUUCUUUCUUCUCGUUUGAUUUAUUCAAGUUCAAAAAUGAAGAAUUCAAAGCAAUAUUCACCAGUUAAAACCAUGGAACAACCAAGAUAUAACAAUGAGAAAAGUACACAAGAUGAUGAACCUGUUUAUGAAGAACCAACACCAUUAUCUAAAACUACACCUAUAUUUAUACGAUGUUAA